AAUGACUACAGUUCAUCAAUACUUUUCAGAAAAAGAAUGUGGUGAAGAAGCCUCGAUAGUUAACUUAAAAAAUUUGGAAAAUAUGUAUCUUAUAAAGAUGGAAAUUGAUAAAGUUAAUAAUAAUGAUACUAUAUUGCCAAAUAUCACUAUUGGAUAUAUAUUUAUAGAUACUUGUAAUAUGAUCUCGCCAACUGUUAGACGGUCAAUUGAAAUGAUAUCCAGACCUAAAAAUCAAGUUUGUUCUCCACAUGAAAAUGAAAAUAAACUUUUUAAUGUGCAAGCUGCCAUUAUAACGUUAAAUAGUAUAUUAGCAGCCUCGGUGUCAAAUAUACUAAGCGAGUUCCAAAUUCCUCAAUUAAGUCCAACGGCUACCUCCGACGAUCUCAGCAAUAAGAAAUUAUACAAAUACUUUUCGAGGACUGUUAGUCCUGAUCGAUACGAAGCUGAAGCGUUAGCAGAUUUUAUUGUAAACUUUAAAUGGAAUUAUGUUUCUUUAGUUUACUUGGAGGGGAGUUACGGGGAAAAUGGAGCUAAACAAUUUCGAAAACAGUGUGCAUUAAAAGGCAUAUGUAUUGCAGUUGAUGAGAUGAUAUCAUUCGAUAAAUCUCUGGAAGAUGUACAAAAAACAGUAAAGAAUAUAAAAAAUGAACUAAGAUCAAACAUAAUUAUAAUUUUUCUAUAUCCAAAACAAUUGGAAAUGUUUUAUGUUACCAUGGAGAACGAAAACUUACUCCGAACUAAAUAUAUACUAGCUUCAGAUAGCGUUAGUCUAACAGAAAUUCCAUUAGUCAUAGAGAAAAGAGCGUUAAAUACAUUUGGUAUUGCUUUCAAAACUCAAAAGGUACCUGGAUCUCGUGAAUAUUUAACUAAACUAAAUCUGGAAAAACAUAAAGAUCUAUUAUAUUUGAAAACCUAUUGGAGUAUAGUAUUCAAUUGUACUUGGGAGAAUUUUAAUAAUUCCACUAAAAAGAUUUGUGACCCAAAAGCUGAUCUAACCGAUACUAACUUUGAACUAUCAGCUCAUUCCGCAAACCACGAUUGUUUUCUUAUUUACAUAGAGGCUAUGAAUCGAGUCUUACAAAAAUAUUGUUCAAGAACUGUUGGUCUAAACGCUCGUAAAUGCUUUACAGGAGAGAGAAUACUUAAGGAAAUUCGUUCGGGAACAUUUCAAACUACAGGUGGAGAGGUUCAUUUCGAUAAAUUUGGUGAUAUAUAUGGCGGUUAUGAUAUUGUCCAAUUUACAGAGAAUUCUAAAUAUAAUAUAAUUGCAUACUGGAGCAGAGAAAACAGUAUUACUCAAUUUUAUGAGAGAAUAAUUUGGAGAAAUUCUCAAGUUCCUCCAUCGACAUGCAGCCUUCCUUGUCCUCCAAAAUAUUACUAUAUCCAUAAGGCAGUAAUAUGUUGUUGGGAUUGUCGUCAAUGUCGAAAUAAUGAAAUUGUUAUUGGCAAUCGGACUGGAUGCGAAGAGUGUCCCGAAUUUUUUUGGCCAGAUAAAGAGGCGUUGGAAUGCGUAGCUAUUGAAGCCGAUUACCUAAAAUGGUCAGAUUUUGAAACAAUCAUCAUAUUAACAUUAGCUAUAUUCGGUUUAUUUCUAUCUAUAUUAAUUACAAGCUUUAUCAUUUGGAAGAGAAAUGAAAAAUUAAUAAAAGCCUCAUCAAUUCAGCUAAUGGCAAUUACACUAUUUGGGAUUAAACUGUGUCUUAUGUCUACUUUCCUCUUCCUAACAAAACCAAACGACACCGUUUGCAGUUUAAGCAGAUAUCUAUUUAAUAUCUCAAAUAGUUUAAUAUACGCACCAUUAAUUAUGAAAACAAAUCGGGUGUUUAGAAUCUUCUCAUCGGCAAGGAAAGGAAAUCAAAGUGUUAAAUAUACCAGUAAUCGAUUUCAAAUGGCAAUAACGCUUGCAGUUGUUCUAUUGCAGGUAAAUUUAUAG